AUGGUACAUAUUCACUUUGUGCUUCUCAUAAGUAGACAAGGAAAAGUAAGGCUUACAAAAUGGUAUUCUCCAUACUCUCAAAAAGAAAGAUCGAAGGUAAUUCGAGAGUUAAGCAGUGAAAUUCUGUCACGAGGUCCGAAACUGUGCAAUUUCGUAGAAUGGAGGGGAUUUAAAGUUGUUUAUAAAAGAUAUGCUAGCCUUUACUUUUGCAUAUGCAAUGAUCAAGAUGACAAUGAAUUGGAGACACUCUCCAUUAUUCAUCACUAUGUUGAGACAUUGGAUCGCUACUUUGGCAGUGUUUGUGAAUUGGAUUUGAUCUUUAACUUCCAUAAGGCAUAUUUUAUUUUGGAUGAAAUUUUGCUUGCUGGAGAGAUGCAAGAAACUAGCAAGAGAACUACACUCAGACUCAUAGCUGCACAGGAGGAAUUAUUGGAAGCUGCUAAAGAGGAGGCUAGUUCAUUGAGUAGCAUAAUUGCUCAAGCCACCAAGUGAGAGAGAGAUUCAUAGUGAAUUAUAUCAUGU